UGGCCCUGUGCGGAGAAUAAAUUGUCCCCUGCUGUCCACCAGAGAUAGAUGGCUCUUCUGACCUGGUGUGUGGUGACCUGCAAUCUGUUUGUUCAGGCUCCACCACUGAGAUUGUGUUCUCCCUCUUCCUCUCGUUUCUCGACAGGCCACCACUCUUAAUUUGCUUUAGCUGUUGUGCAAAAGUCAAUGCUCCCGCCACCAUCUGUGACAAAGUCAACCGAGCUCUAAGGGGAAGGCUGACAGACGGGCGUGUGAAGAUAAAAGGUACGAGUGAAGUCAGACCUCAGACGUGAUGUUUGUGUUGGGAACUUCCUGUCUUGGCCGUGCCCCUGCGACACAAUCACUCUUCCAUUAAGCUGUUUGGCAAACAGCUUAGUGAGUGGGAUGACAGCGCCAAGAAAGCAGAGCAGACGAAGAACUCACCAUGCUGAAGACUGACCAGCUGGUCUACAUUGUCCUGGAGCUGGUGAUCGCCUGCCUGGCUGUUGCUGGAAACAUCCUGGUGUGCUGGGCCGUCUGCCUCAACUCCAACCUGCAGAGCAUCACCAACUUCUUUCUGGUGUCCCUGGCUGUGGCUGAUAUCGCUGUAGGGCUGCUGGCAAUUCCCUUCGCCAUCAGCAUCAGUACCGGCUUCUGUGCAAACUUCUACGGCUGCUUGUUCAUCGCCUGCUUCGUGCUCGUGCUCACCCAGAGCUCCAUCUUCAGCCUUCUGGCCAUCGCUGUGGACCGCUACAUUGCCAUCAAGAACCCGCUCAGGUACAACAGCCUGGUGACAGGGCAGAGGGCGAAGGCCAUCAUCACCCUGUGCUGGGUCCUCUCCGUGGGCAUCGGCCUGACUCCGAUGCUGGGCUGGAACACAGGUUUGGACUCCAAAACCGCCGGCAACACAAACAGUAGCUGCCCAAAUAGCCUGUGCGAGUGUCUGUUCGAAGGAGUGGUCACCAUGGACUACAUGGUCUAUUUCAACUUCUUUUGCUGUGUGCUGCUGCCUCUGCUGGUCAUGCUGGUCAUCUAUGCCAACAUCUUCCUGGCCGCGCAGCACCAGCUCAGGAUGAUUGGUUUCAAAGCCUCGCACAUGCCCGUUCUUGCAGUGAUAACCUCGGCUUCGAGCUCACCUCGCUCCACCCUGCAGAAGGAGGUGCACGCUGCCAAGUCACUGUCCAUCAUUGUGGGGAUGUUUGCCUUUUGCUGGCUUCCAGUGCACAUCAUCAACUGCUUCAACCACAUGUGUCCCGACUGCGAACGCCCACACAUCUGGGUGAUGAACAUCGCCAUCAUCCUCUCCCAUGCUAACUCCGUUAUGAAUCCCUUCAUCUAUGCCUAUCGCAUUCGGGAGUUCAGGGAGACCUUCCGGAGGAUCCUGUCCCAGCACAUCCUGGGGCAUGGGGAUAUGCAUGGGCUUGGCGAUGGCAGAGGUGCUGGAAGCAGCAGGAGCAGCAUCGUCAGGACUUCUUCCUCUUCCCGCACCAGUAAAGAGUCAUCGUGUGCAACUGUAGUAAACAGUUACAUCCUAGACCCUGGUUCCAAGCAAACCAAAGCUAACCAGGAGGCCUCUUGCCACUGGACCACGAAGUUAGACUCUGCAUCAGGUGGCCAAACACCCAACUUUCACCAAAUAAGCAACAGUUCACUAACACAGCAGCUGCCAUGCAUCAUGGGAUUUGCUGCGCAGGAAGGAAAAGAGUCAGACACAUAUCUCGGGGGAACAACAGAUGAUUCGGAGCUGAGAAACAAUGAGAGUGGUAUUACUUUUGUGAAUGUUCAUGCCGGCUUCUUAAAACAGAUGGACUGCACAUGCUCUGCAGAGCUUCCAGAAGUCUCAUGACAAAGACAUUAAAGAAUAUAAACUGUAUUUAUACUGCCGGCAAAUAUAUAACAUUCUGCAAAUAACACGAAGGAUGAACAAAGCAGAUCGAUAGCAGCAGUAGAGCUGUAUUUCCUCUUUUUGUUGUGAUAUCUUGUUUUGCUUUGUUACUUUGUUCUCAGCACCGAUCUCUGAUUUGGAUCAAAUCUACAAGAAAACAAAGAAAUGUGUAAUGCUUAAAUUCUCCCAUGUUUUUUUUAGGUGUCUUUUAAACAAUUUGCAUCUUGGAUUGUAUAAAAGUACUUUCAACUGACCUGGAUCCACUGUAUAUGUGUUUUUAAAACAUUUAUAUGAUAAAGUUGCAUUAUUUUGUACAUGGUCAUCUGUGUUAUUUUUACUCACUAGAGGACUAAAUAUGUAUUUAAUUCACAGUAGGUCACUUUGUAAUGAGGUUUUUUCAAGAUAAUUGUGACUAUUGGACUGAGUGAUAUGAGGCGAGCGUGGGGGAAACAACGAUGUUUGACAGGUAUUUCAAGGCGAGCACUAUCUCUUGUUUAUAGAUCUGUUGAAGACUCAUUUCUCAAACUGCUGGAUGGCCACAGAACACCUGAUGAUGCUGGUUUGAUAACUGCCCGGCAACACGUGUCUGUUGCUGCCUCAACAACAACUAAGUGACUGAUGAUUCAAAGGCACUGAUGUCAACGAGCCAGUGACCACACACCCAAAACAAAGCUUGCUUGGUCUAUCCAAAUAUCAGCCCAUAUGCUUGUAACACACACACACAUACGCACGGCCACAGACGACUCUGCGGGAGGUGUUUACAGAGCGGCCCGACUGCUGACGCCAGUCAAUGGGCCUAAUGCAAUGGAAAUCAAAUGAAGGUUCAUUUGAUGAUGUCUUUUAUUAUGCCAUUAUGCCUUCGCUCUCCUCAUUUAGAGGCCCUUUCACUGCAGGGCAUUAAGCGACACUUGUGUGCUUUACAUAAAUCCAGGAAGAGGCAUACAUGGGUAUGUUUCUAGCUCACGCACUGUGUAUUUAUUUGUUUUUAAAUAUAUACAUAUCAGUUGUUUGUUACACUUUGUGGCAUUUUACAGCAGUAUGCAAAUCAA